UCGUGUUUCUGACUCUAACUCGUCCAAGGAAACUCCAUCUUUGAUUAGAUAAGGUGCGGAGUUAGGCUUGAGAUGGGAAGACUCGGCUCCUCAAGCCAAGCACCUCAAACUCAAAGUCAUUACUGUUGACCAUAAAUUAUUCAAUUAUUCAAGACACAGCCACGUUGAAUUGGAAAUUAUAGUCAGAUACCAGAAGGCCGAGAAAUAGCAGAGGUGUUUCGUGUUGCUUCCUUUCUAGUCCUGCUUCUCCCUCCCGGCUCCCAUGGCCUCGACUUGGCAAAUUCUUGCUUUUGCUCCCACUCUUCCAUGACGACUCCCACCACUCAUCCCGUUUCCCAACCCCCUCAGAUGCCUUUGUCUCGCAAAUCAUCAUCUUCUCCCUCUCCCAUCCCAUCCACACCUUCAUCUAUUUAUCCUUUUCCCCUCAAACAAACUGACAUCGAUGCCGCUGGCAAUGCCGCUAAUUUCGUUCACAGCACGGAGCAACCACCUCCCCACCGCCGCCGCCUUACUCGAGUCCGGAAGCUUCGCCACCUCACUGACCAUGAUGUUGGCUUGCACCUCACUGACGAUUCUUCGCUCCUGGCUUCGCCUCCGCCCUCUCUCAAGUCUCGCUCAUCGGGUGGUUCCGAGCACUGGUCCUCCUCCGCUGUGCCUCAACCUCUCCCGCUUCCCGAAUCACCGUUGACUCGCCGGCCGGAGUCAACCGGUCCCAAUCCCGGCCAGUUCCAGCUCGGAUCUCCUUGCGUAGACCGUUCGGGCUUUGCUUUCGGGAGGAAGACGAUGGAUCACGAUACAUUGAUAAAUAUGAAAUCUUGGAGCAAUAUGGAUAGAUCUUGUGAUCCAACCACUGCAAGCACAAAGUUUAAUUUGAGAGUAAACAUCCCAGUUGCAAGUUUCUUGAUAGGUCACAGUUCAUGUAAAGAUCGAGCAAUCUCUCGUGAUACUGACUCUGAAAGUAUUUAUGACUCAAGAUUGCGCGUGGCCACAAAGAGUGCCCCAACAAGUGUUUUUUCCAGUCCUGUUACCAGUCCUCGGAGAUCAAGCAAUGUAGAUUUCACUGAUCAUUUCAUUACUGCUCAAGAAUUUCAUGACAACCCAGUUGGCCAUCCUUCGAAGGUGUCACCACCCUUGACUGUUCAAAGUCCAGAUCAUUCUUCUCUCCGUAGCCCAGGGUGCCGUAGUCCUUUCCUCAAUCUCAAAAUCCUAGAUGGACCUCAGCAUAGAUUUCAUUCCAGGGCGUGGCCAGAAAAUAACCAUGUUGACGCACAUCCUUUGCCUCUUCCUCUUCCUCCUGGAGCUUCACCACCAGCACAAUCAUCUGUGCAGCGUCAAUCAAGUGCCAAGCUUCAUUCAUUUGAAAGUCAAUUUUCAGUGAAAGGUCAAUGGCAGAAAGGAAAACUUAUUGGACGGGGCACUUUUGGAAGUGUUUAUCAUGCGACAAACCUAGAGACCGGUGCUUCAUGUGCAAUGAAGGAGGUGGAUCUCAUUCUAGAUGACCCUAACUCUUCCAACUGUAUAAAGCAACUAGAGCAGGAAAUCAAGAUUCUUCGUCAACUACAGCAUCCAAAUAUUGUGCAGUAUUAUGGCAGUGAAACAGUUGGUGAUCACUUGUGCAUAUACAUGGAGUAUGUUCAUCCAGGGUCUGUUGAUAAAUUUGUGCGGGCAAAUGGUGAAGCGAUGACAGAGUCUGUAGUUCGCAAUUUUACAUGGCAUAUUCUCUCAGGGUUGGCUUACUUGCACAGCACCAAAACUAUCCACAGGGAUAUCAAAGGAGCAAACUUACUUGUUGAUGCAUCAGGCACUGUCAAGCUUGCUGAUUUUGGAAUGGCGAAAGUUCUAACAGGGAAAUCAUAUGACCUUUCUUUAAAGGGCAGUCCAUACUGGAUGGCUCCUGAGGUCAUGAAGGCUGCCAUGAUGAAAGAUGACAAUCCUGACCUUGCCUAUGCUGUUGAUAUCUGGAGCUUAGGUUGCACUAUCAUAGAGAUGCUGACAGGAAGACCUCCAUGGAGUGACUUUGAAGGGCCUCAAGCCAUGUUCAAGGUACUGCACAAUUCGCCAUCAAUACCAGAAACAUUAUCUUCAGCCGGAAAGGAUUUUCUUCAGAGAUGUUUUGAAAGGGAUCCCGCAAAUCGACCAUCAGCAGCAAAGCUUCUUGAGCAUGCCUUUGUACAAAAUUUGCAUGACCAAGAAGCUUUAGUUCGCCCACAAUUAUAUCCCAGAGAAGACCCUGAAGAAAAUUCACGUAGUCCCAAAGACAGUACUGCACGUAACCGUGAUGUAAUUCGAGCCUCCAUGAGCUCACGGAUCAUCAACAAAAUCCAGAAAUUUAUCGGUGAUUCUUCCCAACAAUAUAAUGCUGAGGAUUCUAAAUAUUCUACAUCUCAUCACCCUCCUUACUCUCUGCCAGAAGGUAAAAUUCCUCAGUCGUCCUUGAAACCAGCUGCCCUCAAUUACGUUUCUGCUUCAAAAUCCAGCAACAUAUCCCUCGCUGUAAUGAGAUUCAUCACGCACUUUUGAAGCGGAGAUUCUUCCUUGCUGAUUCCAAGUGUCUUCGGAAGCUUAUUUACCUCACUGGAGGCUGGGAUUUACAACCUGCUCAUUAAUGGUCACAAAUACAUCAACCUCAACGGGCAAUAGAAAGCGAAAACUUCUCGUUGACUGGUACCAAUAAAAGAUAUUUUUGUACAUAGCGAGUCUCCGUUAGUUAUGCUAGCUCUGACUACGAUCUGAUGUGUAAUUAUUGAUUGUUUUUAAGCUAAAUUAUUAUUUUAUUUCUUCUAGUUUCCUGCCAACUUAAGUUUAGUACUUGAACUUUUAGCUUGCGUCGGUUAUUACGUGUAUUUUUAUACUAUAUGUAACUGCAAUCUAUUUAAACUUUGUAUCAACUGCAUUUAACACAAAGGUUAUGAUUCAUUUCGGGUACACUCCGAACAGCACUUAUAAUGUA